AUGAUGAUUCGAGCACACUUAUUCGCACUUGCUGCGAUAUUACUGAUCUAUGAUGUUGUGGCAGAUCAUUAUUAUCCAUACCCGCCAGCUGAACCUAUACAUAAGCCAGUGAUUCAUAAUGUAGUUCCAGCAGAAAUACCACAGCUAUAUCCAUAUCCCCCCGCAGAGCCUAAGGAACCAGUAAUUAAAAUUCCUGCAUUGCCAGUGGAUAUUACAACAGGAUCUCAAAUAUCACAAGUAUCGUAUCCAUAUCCUCCUGCAGAGUUGAAGGAACCAAUAAUUAAAAUUCCAGCGGUGUCCGUGGAUAUUCGAAUAGCACCUACAUCUGCACCUCUUGUAGUCAAUGAUGUUCCUGAAUCUCAUACACCGGCUGAAUUACAUCCCUAUCCACCAGCUGAACCCGUAGUACCCACUAUAUCAUUCCCAUACCCUCCAGCGGAAUCAUAUGUUCCGUCUCAAUCAUUUCCUUACCCACCAGCAGAACCUAUAGUUGUACAUCCACCAUCUGCACCUCUUGUAGUCAAUGAUGUUCCUGAAUCUCAUAAACCAGCCGAAUUGCAUCCUUAUCCACCAGCUGAACCUGUAGUACCCACUACAUCUUUUCCAUACCCUCCAGCGGAACCGUAUGUUCCAUCUCAAUCAUUUCCUUACCCACCAGCAGAACCUAUAGUCAUACAUCCACCAUCUGCACCUCUUGUAGUCAAUGAUAUUCCUGAAUCUCAUACACUGGCCGAAUUGCAUCCCUAUCCACCAGCUGAACCUGUAGUAUCCACUACAUCUUUCCCAUACCCUCCUGCGGAACCGUAUGUUCCGUCUCAAUCAUUUCCUUACCCACCUGCAGAACCUAUAGUCGUACAUCCACCAUCUGCACCUCUUGUCAAUGAUGUUCCUAUAUCUCAUACACCGGCUGAAUUACAUCCCUAUCCACCAGCUGAACCUGUAGUACCCACUACAUCUUUUCCAUACCCUCCUGCGGAACCAUAUGUUCCGUCUCAAUCAUUCCCUUACCCACCAGCAGAACCUAUAGUCUUACAUCCACCAUCUGCACCUCUUGUAGUCAAUGAUGUUCCUGAAUCUCAUACACCGGCUGAAUUACAUCCCUAUCCACCAGCUGAACCUGUAGUACCCACUACAUCUUUUCCAUACCCUCCUGCAGAACCGUAUGUUCCAUCUCAAUCAUUUCCUUACCCACCUGCAGAACCUAUAGUCGUACAUCCACCAUCUGCACCUCUUGUAGUCAAUGAUGUUCCUGAAUCUCAUACACCCGCUGAAUUACAUCCCUAUCCACCAGCUGAACCUGUCGUACCCGCUACAUCUUUUCCAUACCCUCCUGCGGAACCGUAUGUUCCAUCUCAAUCAUUUCCUUACCCACCAGCAGAACCUAUAGUCGUACAUCCACCAUCUGCACCUCUUGUAGUCAAUGAUGUUCCUGAAUCUCAUACACUGGUUGAAUCACAUCCCUAUCCACCAGCUGAACCUGUAGUACCCACUACAUCUUUUCCAUACCCUCCUGUUGUACCGUAUGUUCAAUCUCAAUCAUUGCCUUAUCCACCAGCAGAACCUAUAGUCAUACCUAGCAUAUCUUUUCCAUACCCAGCUCCAGAUCCUAGAUGA